CAGCUUGAAUAUCAUGUUUGACGAUUGGCAUGUCGAACUCGUUAGCGAUGGACAAACAGUUCGAAGGCAUAAAACAAUCCCACCAGCAAGAUUCGCCUGAUUCGAGUUUGUUCUCAUCGGACAACGUCGUGUGGCGACAAUGGUUUCAUAUUCAGGGGCGGACUGUCUUUUUCUCUCACUAUUGCUAAGCAUUUUUUUCGCGUCGAGUGCCGGUUACCUCGGUGGAACUACUCAACCGAAAGUGACUAUUCCCCAAGGGACUCUGCGGGGAAAAAUUAUGACCACCACCCAUGGCCGAAAAGUGUCGGCCUUUCUGGGAAUUCCUUAUGCGCAACCACCGGUAGGAAAUAAGAGAUUCGCGAACCCCGUGCCGGCGGGUGGUUGGGAAGGAAUACGAAACGCUACUGCCGACGGAAACUUUUGUCCCCAAAUAAGUGGCACAGACCAUAUCACUUACCUUGGAGACGAAGAUUGUCUAAAUUUGAACGUGUUCACACCGCAGAUAAGCAACCGUAAGAACUCCUCGCUACUUCCGGUAAUGGCAUAUGUAUUCGGUGGGAGGUUCAUGACAGGGUCUACCAAAUCAUCCGUCUACAGUCCGGCGUACCUUUUGAACCAAGAUGUAGUUCUCGUCACCUUCAACUAUCGUCUGGGUGUUCUGGGGUUCUUGAGCACUGGCGACGAAGUGGCUUCCGGAAACUGGGGCCUAAAAGACCAGGUCCUUGCGCUCGAAUGGGUGCAGCGUAACAUCAGACACUUUCACGGUGACCCUGAUCGAGUGACGUUAUUCGGCCACAGCUCAGGGAGCGCUUGCGUUCACCUUCUGACGCUUUCGAAAUUGACAAUUGGACUCUUUCAUAAGUUCAUUAUGCAAAGCGGAGCUGGCUCUCCGCAAUGGGUCUACAGACCCAGGGCUGCCUACGCAAAGCGCGCAUUCGAACUUGGCAAUUACAUUGGCUGUUCAAAUGAAACUUCGGAUUCCCUCGUCAGCUGUUUGCGGAAAAAGAACUUCUUGGAUGUUGUAGGCGUAUUCAAACAGUUUUACGUGUGGCAAUACGAACCAUUCAGCACAUGGGCUUGUACUGAUGAGCCAGAUAUCAAGGGGGCUUUUAUAACAACCAGCCCUACAAAUAUAAUGAGAGCUGGUCAGAUUCGUGAUGUACCUUGUAUCAUGGGUCUCGUUGAAGACGAAGGUUUAGGGACUACUAUAGUGUUCUAUGAAAUAGAGGAAUGGUUUGAAGACUUUCUGGAAAACUUUGAUUAUUUGCUGCCGAUUUUAAUGUACUGGUCGUAUCUACCGGACUCUGGAGCCGCUUGGGUCAAGGCGGCCAAGUCGUACUAUUUCAAUAACAUUGAAACAAUGAAUAGAAGUGAGUUCCUGACUAACUUGACGUUACUCGUCGGCGAUACUGCGUUCAAAUAUCCGGUGUAUUCCGCCCUCUUAUACCAGUUUGCAGCGGCAGCGAAUCCUCAAUAUUUCUACGCCUUCAAAUAUCGGGGCACGUGGAGUAACACUUACACUUGCGGUAAAUCUUUGAAGGACUACGGCAUAUCACACGCGGAUGAUCUUGUUUACAUUUUUCCAUACGUAGACUACAAUCUCACCGUAGCUCUUAACAAAACUCCAAAUGAAAAAGAUCUACAAAUGAGGGAAAUUAUGGUGCAAUUGUGGACAUCUUUUGCGAUUCACGGUAAACCUUCAACACAGUUUUUUCGCGGAAACACAACAUGGGAGCCGUACUCGGAAAAGGAUAAUCUCCUUCAGAUAGGAAACAAAUCCGAAAUCGUACUAGAAGUCCAAUAUUUCUCCCUAAGAGAGCGGAUGAAAUUUUGGGCUGACUUGGAAAGAAGUACGCUAGAGGCAGAAACCAAUAUCACAAUUCACUAGCGCGGCAUUACUUUGAGAAGAUGCUACUGAAAAUUGCACUCUUUCCGCCUAUCAUAAAAGUCUACGCAUCCCUCAUGUAAAAAUGCCGCGAUGAUCGCAAUUCUACAAGCAAUGCGGAACAAAAAUAUCCAGAAACCUUUUUGUUCAAUGUGAGAAUACUGUGCUGUGCCACUGUGAUCUGAUCUCGGUACUAUCUGCCAAAUGAUGUUAUUUUAACCUUCGUUUGCAUAUUGGGGGCAAAUCCUCCAACGCAGCGUUGCGAUAAAUUAUCGGAAUAUUAGAUCUUCGAAAAUCGGUUUGGUAGUUUCAGCAACAUGAUGAAGAGUUGCUUCAUGGUGAUGACUAUUCAAUAUGUUCCAAUCUUUUGCUUUCUGCCAUGUGCACCAUGAAUCACUUCUUGGAGAGAAACCAUCGUGCUGCAGCUGCUCGACUGUUAACGUACAACUCGGACAGUCUAAAGACAUACCUAUUUUGAACAGUUUUUUCUUAAAGAAAAUGAAAACCCUCAAAGCAAUUUGAGGCUAAGGACUUGAAAUUUAUAGUUUCAAAAACUUUCCAGAAUUUUUCCACUGAAAUAAUAACACAAUGACAGCAUGACGCAUAUGAAGCGUUGGGUGAAAUAACAACCUAAUUUGGAAAAUAGUGUUUUGAGAUAACCUAUGUGAACCUAGCACCCGACUUGAAAAAACCCAACUAUUGUUUGUUGAUUCUUGUAGGUUUUUGUAGGUAGUUGUUUGUAGUAACAAUGAUAUAGUUUGUAGUAGUGGCAAAAAAAAAAAAAAAAAAUAUAAGGGGUUGAAAAAAUUGUUUGUAGUACAAUUUCAUUCGUUUAAAAUUCCUCCAAAGUUUACUACAAGCGUCCUACUUGCUUCGGAAACGGUUGAAGUUGUUUGUAGUACCAUUUUUUUCGUUUGUAGUACUGAUUUUUUCGUUUAGAGUUCCUGCAAAAUUUACUACAAACGUCCUACUCGCUUCAGAAUCGUUCGUAGAUGUUUGUAGUACCAUUUUUUUCGUUUGCAGUUCCUGCAAAAUUUACUACAAACGUCCGACUCGCUUCAGAAUCGUUUGUAGUUGAUUGUAGUACCAUUUUUUUUUUUGCUUUCAAUAACUUUGUUAUGUUUCUCUCGUUUGGAGUAACUUCGUUUCGUUUGUCGUCAUUUGUGGUAGUGUUCAUUCCGUUUGUAGCUGUUUAUAAUGGAACUUGUUUGUUUCUAAUAGUCUUGAAUCAGUAGGUAGUCCUUGGACAGUAUUAGUAGGUUUAUAUUGUAUACGCCGUUAAAGAAAUGUAUUUGAAACAAGUAAUGGGCUACUUGAGUAUUAUUCAGUAAUUCGCGUAUUGUAAUGAGAUAAAUCAGAUUUAAUUCAAAUAAAUUCAUUGCGAUCAAAGACGAUUUAUUUCGGCAAAAUAGAUCAAAUCUGAUUUAUUUCACGCUAAUACGCGGAUUACUGGAUAUACUCGAGUAACCAAAUACUUAUUUCAAAUACAUUUUCUUAACGGCGUAUAAAAUAUAAACCUACUAAUACUGUCCAAGGACUACCUACUGAUUCAAGACUAUUAGAAGCAAAGAAAUUCUAUUAUAA